AUUAUACCAAACCAAGUGAUGCAGAAGGUGGCCACGUCACAGGCCGAACUUCCCAAGCGCAAGCCUAGCGACAGCUUUGUCCAGGCCAUUAUUCCCCUGAGUGAGGUAGAUGCCAGGGACAAGUACAUAACCUACACCAAAAAAAUCCGGUUCGGUCGUCUGCUGGAAGACUUCGACACCCUGGCAGGUGAGGGUCAGGGAGUAGUUGGGGAAAUCACUGUCUAGAGCAAGGGUCCUCAAACAAGGGGGCCACAUCACCAUCCCUCAGACACUGUUUGGGGGCAUGUUAUAGUUUUCAAAACAUAUGAACGAAUUCUAUGCACCCUGCACAUAUCUCAUACGUAGUGAGAAAAAAAACUUUAAUAGUAUUUCAAAGGGAUAUGAUCAUACAUCAGCCCUAUUUUUGUCAUUUCCAUGUACCUUUACGGUGGCCAUGCUGGCAGAAUUAGGGACCCACGGUGGAAGGAUCUGGCUCAAAGGCUGUAGUUUGAGGGCCCCUGGUCUAUAACUUGAUUGUUAGAUUGCAAUUGAGUCCAAGAGACAGUUUUCAAAAUAAGAUGGAUGGUUUUUCAUUUGGUUGAACAGGUUACGUGUGCUCAUGUAUAUUUAAAGAAGUAAAAUUUAAGUAACCAAACAUUAAAAUGUGUGAGAUGGUUGGUGAUAGUGCUGUCAAUAAAAUGUGUGAGGUGGUGGUUGGUGAUAGUGCUGUACAUUUUAGUUUUAUUUAUUGACCUACAUGUUCAUGUUUAAUCAUCCGCCAAGUCAGUUAUCCCCAGCCUUUUUGACCAUUUUAGAAUAAAUUAUUAUCGUUGAGUCCCUUUAGGUCUUACAAAUUGAGUAUAGGAGUAGUGUUAUGGGGGUCGGGGGAGCCGUGCAUGGGGGUCGGGGGAGCCGUGCAUAUGGGGCCCUAGAGAACCACUGCACUAGAUAAUAGUGGAUUAUCCACUUUUUGUUAGUUGCUUGUCAUCCAAUUUAUGUUAUUUAUUCAAUAUGUUUCAUUUGUUCAUGAUUGGACUACUGUGCACAAGAAACCCAGCAUCCACUAACACAGAGAUUCUUGUUCAUCCACCAACUGGUAUGAAUGAAAUUGUUCAUAAGAACAUCAUUUUGAAGCAUUGUACAUGUUGAGAUGCACUGAUCUUGUGUCUCAAACGGAUUUGGCAGAUGGUGGCGCUGUUAUAUUCCUCAUUCCUGGAAUUUCUGGGAAAAAUCAAGGGGAAUUGAUCCAACAAAGAAAAAUUGCACCAGGACAUCUAUUUUGAAAAAUAACAGUCCAAACCGAAUGGUCUCCCUUUAAUGUGGAGAACCAGCGGUUAGCCAUUAAAUUUUAGUUGUUAAAAAGUAAGUCACUGGCAAAGCCAGAAUAAUUGCUAUACAUUUGUGUAAAGGACCAAAGCUUCCAAAACCACCUCUCCCCUAAUGAAGUCAGUUCACCUUCUCCCAAAUACCUUUCAUGGUUAUUGACCUACCUUGUACAUGACAAGAGUUGACUAAAUUUCUUGAUUAAUAUUCCAUUCAACUAUGGCUAUGCAUUCUCUCGUGAUGCAGGUUUGACUGAUAUUUAAUUCAACUAUGCUAUGCAUUGUCUCGUGAUGCAGGUUUGACUGAUAUUUAAUUCAACUAUGGCUAUGCAUUGUCUCGUGAUGCAGGUUUGUCUGAUAUUUAAUUCAACUAUGGCUAUGCAUUGUCUCGUGAUGCAGGUUUGACUGAUAUUUAAUUCAACUAUGGCUAUGCAUUGUCUUGUGAUGCAGGUUUGACUGAUAUUUAAUUCAACUAUGUCUGUGCAUUGUCUCAUGAUGCAGGUUUGAUAUGUUACAACCACAACAAAAAUCCAGCACUUGGAGAUGACCAGAAGUCACCGUACGCAUUUGUUACGGCAUUGGUUGACAGGAUAGGUAUGUGCUUGUAACUAAUCUGAUAUUCGUAGGACCGGUAUUUAACACUUUCUAAUGUGCCGACUCUAAAUACAAAUAUCUUUUUUAAGAACAAAUGAAAUUAUGGAGAAGUUCAUUUAUAUUUUCUACAAAAUUUCUUAACAAAGAAUGGAGCAUUGUAAUAAUAUGAAGUAUUUGAUUUUCACAACCUUUACUUUGCAAAAAAAAAUUAUUUUAAUGAAAUUAGAAAUUCCGCCACCUUUGGCCAUUUCAACUACCCAUAAUAGCAGGAAUACAGCACAAAGAGGAGGUCUUAAUUACCAAUAGCCUUGACACAAAUUUAUUUCCCUUUUGGACUCUUUCUUAAAAUAAUGUUUAAAAAAUUAAAAAUUUAGGGAUAUUCCCCGUACAAAGUUGUGUCAAAAGUAAUUUUAACGACAAAAUGAAUCAAGUGGGGAAGGCAAUUUUUCUUUUAUGUCUUUUCAUCAGCCACUUCCCCGUCUAAGCCUCAACUUUCACCCUUUAAGGAUAUAUACCUGAAAGGGCAGGUCACCUGGGUGGGUAGAUCCUCCAUGGAGUGUACCAUGCACCUGGAGCAGGUAGGCAUGAUUUUAUUGGUGGUGGGGGAAGGGUCAAGGAUAUCUACCUGAAAGGACAGGUCACCUGGGUGGGUAGAUCCUCCAUGGAGUGUACCAUGCACCUGGAGCAGGUAGGCAUGAUUUUAUUGGUGGGGGGGGGGGGGGGGUUUUUUUUCCUUUAUUUCUUUUGGCUAAAAAAUAUUUGUUUCUUUUUUUUUUUUUUCAAUUCAUUCCAUGAAAAGCUUGAGUGUUCUGUGAAAAUUUGCGACUGCAAUGAUCUAUAAUAUUCUGUGUGCAAUGGUUUAUAAUAUUCAUUGUGUGCAAUGGUCUAUAAUAUUUCUGUUAUGGCAAUGGUCUAUAAUAUUCAGAUUGUGUAAUGGUCUAUAAUAUUCUGAUUGUGCAAUGGUCUGUAAUAUUCUGAUUGUGCAAUGGUCUAUAAUAUUCAGAUUGUGUAAUGGUCUAUAAUAUUCUGAUUGUGCAAUGGUCUAUAAUAUUCUGAUUGUGCAAUGGUCUAUAAUAUUCUGAUUGUGCAAAGGUCUGUACCAGGGGUUCUCAAACUUUUUCCGAUCACCUCCCCCUUGGAGAUAUAAACUCAUUCUUAAUGUCUUCUAUCUGAACUAGUUUUAAGUGCACUAAGAACAAUAGUUUGCACAAUAUUCUACUGAAGAAAUUUACACAAUGACAUUUUAAAGUUUGAAAUAUAUUGUGGUAUCGGGUAUGUAAUCAAAAUACAUUAUCUUUCUUACUCUUAAUAAGUUCAAUAAUAAACAGACUCAUUAGAUCGAGUGAUUCCUCUGGUAUUUUUUUAGAGACAUCUUAAGUCUUCACUCGUCCAUUAUUCUUAAAUGAUAUCUACGGGCUUGGUAAAAUGAUUGGCAGUUGUUCAAUGUCUGGUGUAAAGUCUCCAAGCAGAGACUUAAUUCGCUAUGUCUGUACGUCUUUUCAUUGCUUGGAGCACAAUUGGACCUUCGCGCUACAACCACUUCCAGCAUAUGCAAUGUUGGGAAUCAAAUAAGGAGCUUCUCGACCACAUUCCCACAGGAUAGUCAUCAACAUUUCCUUCUUGCUGCUAUUUCUUAAACUUUAUCUGCUGGUACUGAGCAAUAUUUUUUAUGCUGAAUUAGCCACUACUAAGCUUCAUAAAUGACCUCAGUCAUAAAAUGGAUUCACCACUCAAGCUGUGAUUUUCAUCAAAGAACAAUCCUAAAUUUGCUCAGACUAUAUGUUACAUAUCAAAAUAGUCCCAACUCACUCAGGCGAUAUGUUACAUAUCAAACAGUCCCAACUCACUCAUGCUAUAUGUUACAUAUCAAAAUAGUCCCAACUCACUCAGACUAUAUGUUACAUAUCAAAAUAGUCCCAACUCACUCAGACUGUAUGUUACAUAUCAAAAUAGUCCCAACUCACUCAGCCUAUAUGUUACAUAUCAAAAUAGUCCCAACUCACUCAGACUAUAUGUUCUUGGAACAGAGUAUGGGCUUUCUGUUCAGACAGAGCUCCUGGAUUUUAUGGAAGAUCAUAAUAUCUGGAGCUGAAUUAUCUUUGGUUUGUUGCUUUGAUCCCAUCAUCCAUAAUAUAAGAUGGCGGAUCCAUUGAUUCCAAGAUGGCGGAUCCAUUGAUUCCAAGAUGGCGGAUCCAUUGAUUCCAAUAUGGCAGAUCCAUUGAUACCAAGAUGGCGGAUCCAUUGAUUCCAAGAUGGGGGAUCCAUUGAUUCCAAGAUGGCGGAACCAUUGAUUCCAAGAUGGCGGAAAAUAAAUAACCAAUAUCCUGUGUGAUGUCUCUGACCGCAGCAUUAGGAGAAUGUCAAACUCCUCUGUACACUUGAUUGGAUUAUUCAUCAAGUUCUUUCACACAUUGUAAUACUAGCACUGAAUCAACUAAAGUCCUUUUUCAUAAAAAAUAUAACUUUAAUAUAUAAUGUAACUUCACAGAUUGUUAAUUCCAUAUACACAUGUAUAGCUCAGCUGGCUAUCAGACAGAAAAUAAAACACAACCUCCUUUCACAAAUUUCCUUUCAAGACUGCCAGAUGAACGUAUGUCACAAAACCGACUAGACAAAAUGUCAUAAUAGGCAUAAAAAUACUGUCAUCAAGUCAAGCGCAGGAAAAGCUUUCACUCUCUAAUAAAACUCUCAAACACACACCACACGCAAUCAAACAUAAUAUUCAAUCGCAACAUUUAUUAAUGAACACCCAUACUCAACAGAGAACCACUUAUGUCUCUGAGCUCAACAUUAGGAGAACCACUUAUGUCUCUGAGCUCAACAUUAGGAGAAGCACUUAUGUCUCUGAGCUCAACAUUAGGAGAACCACUUAUGUCUCUGAGCUCAGCAUUAGGAGAACCACUUAUGUCUCUGAGCUCAACAUUAGGAGAACCACUUAUGUCUCUGAGCUCAGGAUUACGAGAACCACUUAUGUCUCUGAGCUCAACAUUAGGUGAACCACUUGUGUCUAUGAGCUCAACAUUAGGCGAACCUUUUAUGUCUCUGAGCUCAACAUUAGGAGAACCACUUAUGUCUCUGAGCUCAACAUUAGGUGAACCACUUGUGUCUAUGAGCUCAACAUUAGGAGAACCACUUAUGUCUCUGAGCUCAACAUUAGGAGAACCACUUAUGUCUCUGAGCUCAACAUUAGGAGAACCACUUAUGUCUCUGAGCUCAGCAUUAGGAGAACCACUUAUGUCUCUUAGCUCAACAUUAGGAGAACCACUUAUGUCUCUGAGCUCAGGAUUACGAGAACCACUUAUGUCUCUGAGCUCAACAUUAGGUGAACCACUUGUGUCUAUGAGAUUAGGAGAACCACUUAUGUCUCUGAGCUCAACAUUAGGAGAGCCAAUUAUGUCUCUGAGCUCAACAUUAGGAGAACCACUUAUGUCUCUGAGCUCAACAUUAGGAGAACCACUUGUGUCUCUGAGCUCAGCAUUAGGAGAACCACUUAUGUCUCUGAGCUCAACAUUAGGAGAACCACUUGUGUCUCUGAGUUCAACAUUAGGAGAACCACUUAUGUCUCUGAGCUCAACAUUAGGCGAACCACUUAUGUCUCUGAGUUCAACAUUAGGAGAACCACGUAUGUCUCUGAGCUCAACAUUAGGAGAACCACUUAUGUCUCUUAGCUCAACAUUAGGAGAACCACUUAUGUCUCUGAGCUCAGGAUUACGAGAACCACUUAUGUCUCUGAGCUCAACAUUAGGUGAACCACUUGUGUCUAUGAGCUCAACAUUAGGCGAACCUUUUAUGUCUCUGAGCUCAACAUUAGGAGAACCACUUAUGUCUCUGAGCUCAACAUUAGGUGAACCACUUGUGUCUAUGAGCUCAACAUUAGGAGAACCACUUAUGUCUCUGAGCUCAACAUUAGGAGAGCCAAUUAUGUCUCUGAGCUCAACAUUAGGAGAACCACUUAUGUCUCUGAGCUCAACAUUAGGAGAACCACUUGUGUCUCUGAGCUCAGCAUUAGGAGAACCACUUAUGUCUCUGAGCUCAACAUUAGGAGAACCACUUGUGUCUCUGAGUUCAACAUUAGGAGAACCACUUAUGUCUCUGAGCUCAACAUUAGGCGAACCACUUAUGUCUCUGAGUUCAACAUUAGGAGAACCACGUAUGUCUCUGAGCUCAACAUUAGGAAAACCAAUUAUGUCUCUGAGCUCAACAUUAGGCGAACCACUUAUGUCUCUGAGCUCAACAUUAGGCGAACCACUUAUGUCUCUGAGCUCAACAUUAGGAGAACCAAUUAUGUCUCUGCGCUCAACAUUAGGAGAACCAAUUAUGUCUUUAUUGUGUUAUUAUUAAAUAAAACAUUGAGAAUAACAAAGACAGGUUGUUGGUUUGUUUUUUUUUGAAUUGGAGAACAAAGAAACAAUGACAGCUAACUUUUUUUUAUUGACACUAUUUAUUGCGUCAUUCAUCACCAACAUCUGGUCGCUAAAAGAAACUCAGUGACCACUAACACCAGUCGUUGAACACCGACAUUAAUGGUGUGAGUUAAAUAAAAGCCCACGCUACCAACGAUGAGCUGAUUAGGAAGCUCUGUGCUGAGCAGGAUGAAGAUGUUCAACAUCUGGUGCUGCACACUGAAGUUCUAUAGCUACCAAAAGGCAAGUGUUUGAAUCGCUCUUACAAGUUGUUGGAAACUGUAGUGGAAUUUUUUGAAAAACACAGAUGUUUCCAACCUCUGUGGUAAGUGGUUUUAGCAUGGUUGUUUAAUUUUGCUCCUAGCAAAGAAAUAGUCCCCAGAUCACUGAGCCAGACGGUUUAAGAGUCAUGUCAGUGACUUUCAACCGAACAUUGAAAAACUGAUAUCACUUCACAAAGGGCAUCCAAGGCUUUAAGAGCAAUUGAACAGUGAAUAAAAGUUAGCUGCUAAUAUUAAGUGCAGUAUAAAAAAAGUCUGGAUUUAGAAUUAUUCCCCUUUAAAAGUUGUGGCCGUGGAAUCGUUGAAUGAAGAAAAUCAACUUUAUUUGUAAAAGAUUCAAAGAUAUGUUACAAUUUUUCAUGUCAUGAUUCUAUAAUUGUCCAUAUUGUGCACAACUUCUAUUCUGAACAACUUCUUUAAUGAGUUAAGAUAAGGGGCGUUAGGGAUGUGUUUGUGGCCUCAAGGGGGCGGUGGACGAAAAAGUUUGAGAACCAAUGCUUUAAAUCUGCAAAUAAAAAUAUUUUAAGAAUAUAAUAACUUUGCAUUUUUAUGAGUGUUAUCAAAAGUAAUUUAAAAUAAUUUCUUUAAAAUGAAACACAUUUGAAGUCAACUAUAUAGUUUUAAUUUCCUCUGGUAAAUUUAUGGGGCGUGUAAUGGUAUCAAACUAAUUGAUCAUGUUCCAGGAGUUCGAUGGGGCCUUACAAAAAGUGAUCACAGCCAAAUACUUGUUUGUGGCCAGGAACCCUGAAACAGACACGUAAGUUUGCUUGUUGACUGUUGUGGUACAGGAAAUGUCUAGCUGUGCUUUUUUUGUCUUGGUUUUAUCUGGUAAGCAGGUCCAUCAUGUCCUGACAGUAAAUAGUGAACCCUGAUAACAUUUGGUCAGUACAAUGUACUUGUAAAUAUAUCACUCACAAGCCAGUGUCAAAAAGUAAACACAUCACUCACAAGCCAGGGUCAAAAAGUAAUCAUGUUUUUGUAGGUGUUGCAUGUUUCUUUAUGAACAAUUAAAUUCAUAAAACAAAGGUUUUUUCGGUUCUUACUAUGAACUUUUGUUAAUUUCACCUGCACUUUUCAUUCCUCAUACUGUUGAACUUUGACCUUUUGUUAACCUAAAAAAAAACAUAUUCUGGAACUGUAUCAAAGAUAAUGUUUACUGGUCACCAAAUUAAAUUUUAAAAGAUUAUAAAGCUACAGGUAUAAAUGAAGAACAUCACCAAAUAAUCGCAAAACUAUUGAUUUAUGCACAUAUAAAUAAAGUACAUCUCCAAUUAAUCACAAUAAUAUUGAUGUAUGCAGAUGUAAAUAAUGCCACAAAUGUUUGAUUUGUUUCAAUAACAGUGAAUGUUGUGUUUUUAAAGAGAUGUCUUAUUUAUGAAUCCUGAGGCUUUAAUCACAUUACAGUUUUUGAGUGUUAUUUUAUACUGACAGCCUACAUUAAGAAGAUGCUGAAUUCAGAAGACUGAUAUUAUGUUAAAAAUAUUUCAACGUUUUUACAAUAGCCUACUUCUUCUACUAUAUUUCAGAGCAGGUGUGGUCAAUCCAUUAGAUCCACAAACUCCAGAAGAAAUUGAACUGUUCCAACUGGGGGAAGGUGAGUGAAUAUGCUGUUACUUAAGGGUUAGGUGAGUGAAUCAACUUUUCCUUCUGAGGGGGAAGAUGGUUAAAUGACUUAUUAUGAUAAUAUUUUGAGUUAUUCCAACUCUUGGUAAGAUAAAUAUAAGAACUAUUGACUAGCAGCCAGUUUUGAAGUAAACAAGCCGUGCCCUCAAAGUGUAAGCUUGUAUGGCCUAUAACUCACUGUUUGAGUGCUAGUUCUUGAUCAUUAUAAAAUCUGGUACACUUCUUUUAUCAAAUAUAUCCACACAAAAGGUAUGUUGAAUCUGAUGUGCUGUUCUUUAGCAAAGAUGUCAUCAUAGUUGUUGUUAAAUCUGAUGUACACUUCUUCAUCAAAGAUAUCAUAAUUGAUGUUAAAUCUGAUGUACACUUCUUCAUCAGAUAUCAUCAUAAUUGAUGUUAAAUCUGAUGUACACUUCUUCAUCAAAGAUAUCAUCAUAAUUGAUGUUAAAUUUGUUGUACACUUCUUCAUCAAAGAUAUCAUCAUAAUUGAUGUUAAAUUUGUUGUACACUUCUCUAGCAAAGAUAUCAACGUAACUGAUAUAUUUAAAAAUUAAUGUGACUAAUUUCAGCUACAUUGAUUUGUACCUACUUUGUUUUGUGGUUUGUUACAGAAUGAUUUAUACCUACUUUGUUUUGUGGUUUGUUACAAAAUUAUUUAUUCCUACUUUGUUCUGUGGUUUGUUACAAAAAUAUUUAUACCUACUUUGUUCUGUGGCUUGUUACAGAAAGCAAAAAAACGCGACAGAGGGAAGGGGUGAAAUCCCUACUCAAAACGCCCCCGACUGAAGAUGAACGACUCACCAUCCAUGACUUGUUCCUAUCCACAGUGGAUCUCAAGUUAGUAAAUUGAUGGUGAAAUAGUAACAAAAAAAGGGUAGCUUAAUUUAAACAUGGGUUUUUUCUAACCGUGGUUGUUAACAUAUUGUUCAUGCUGUGGCUGUUAUUUGGUUCUUCUAUUCUAUGCCCUGUACUGUCAAUAUUUUAGACGGACUAUGAUGCUCCCACUCACCUUAAAUGAAUUUAAAAAUAUUGUUAAAAUCAAAAUAUGCCAUACAAUGUCAUGGCUAGUUGAUUUGUAUGAUUUAGAGAUUGUGGUAUGAUUUAGAGAUCGUGGUGUGAUUUAGAGAUUGUGAUGUGAUUUAGAGAUUGUACUGCAGUUAACACAAUUUUUAAGAAAGUACAAUCAUUUAUUCAUUUAUACUUGACAAAUCUACUUACACUGCUACUAGUACUAGAUUUUGCAACAUCACUGCUUUAAGCUAUAGCGGUGCAUUAUUAGUCAUAUAUUUAUUUAUUUAGGCGCUUACCUUACAGCUCUAAGCGCUUUACAAUUAUUAAAAAUAUGUAAACUAUUUAAACUGCUAAAGUAAAUAUAUCAAACGUGACACCAAAUUUGUUUUAAAUUACGUUGAUUUUCGAGUCUAACAUUUGUUAAUUCCUCAUUAUAACAGGGCAGGUACCUUCAAAAUUAGAGUUAAACCAGAGAACACGGUAUGGAUGGAUGAAACCAUCAAGAAAUCUCUCAUCAUUUGCCACCCAGAGGUAAAUAUGAUGUUACCGCCGCCCCCCUCCCCUCCCCCCCCCACCCCCCCAAACCCACUUCUGGUAAAAUACAAUUGCUCACUGCCAUUUAAAUGGAGAUGGAAAGACAAAAGGGAGGAGAGAAAAAAUUCAAAUGGAAAGUGAGGAAUGUUUUGGGUAAGAUAUAUACCAAAUGUUUUUGUUUCUUGCAUGUGCCAUUUCAGCCUUGGUUGCAGAACAUUGUGUAAUGCUAAAAGUUCUGUUAUUAUGCAGAAAGUUAAGUUACAGCCAUCGGAAAUAGAUAAUCCAAAAGGCAACAAAACCAUGAGUCAAGAUUGAAACAAAUGUAGAUUAAUUUAGCUUUAAUGUAGACGUUUCAGCAAAUGCCUUCAUCAGUGCAAAAAACUUUAAUUUAUACUUAUAUAAAUGUUUUGUUUUUUUGUACUGAUGAAGGCAUUUACCAAAACGUCUACAUUUGUAUUUCGAAGCGGCCAUUCGGACCCGGGUCCGAGAAGGGAGGUUGGGAUUAAAAUUUAAAAAAAAAAUUAUUAUUGAAUGGACUAUAUGCUUGUAAACUUACUUCUUCAGUUGAACUUACAUAAACUACCACAAACGACAUCCGAAUAGUAUUUAGUCUAAUGGGACCCUGGUCCGAAUAGCAGAGGUGCGUUUCCGGUUCCAUUUUGAAGAAGUCAGUUUACAAGCAUAUAGCCCAUUCAAUUAUCUUUUAUUUGAUACCAAAUUUUGUCUACAAACCCUACAAUAAUUUUAAAAUACCGAUAUUUUUUAAUAAACCCAAACUUUCACUUCACGGACCCGGGUCCGAAUAGCUGCAGCCUUUGUAUUUUGCAUAAUCACCAUUAAAGCUGAACAUAUAUUGUUUAUUGUGACAAAUUUUUUGUCUCUACUUAAUCUACUUUAAAGCUUUAUGGCAGUCCAACACUCGUGUAAUUAGUUAAUAAAACAAAUCCGCCUUGAUGCCAGAGUGGGCUUAAUUAUUUCCUGUAAUUGAAUGAAACUCCUUUAUAAGCUCUUAAAAUGUUAAGUAAAUAUCUCCAUUACCACUAAGGAACCCAAUACACGUGUGCCUUUCGCGCGGGCAUGCUUUUAAAAAUAGGACAAAAGCUUGCAUCUUGCAUGGGAUGGACCAACAACAAGCAAGAAACACAAGUUGAGACUGAGACAUCUUGCAUGGAAUGGACCAACAACAAGCAAGAAACACAAGUUGAGACUGAGACAUCUUGCAUGGGAUGGACCAACAACAAGCAAGAAACACAAGAUGAGACUGAGACAUCUUGCAUGGGAUGGACCAACAACAAGCAAGAAACACAAGUUAAGACUGAGACAUCUUGCAUGGAAUGGACCAACAACAAGCAAGAAACACAAGUUGAGACUGAGACAUCUUGCAUGGGAUGGACCAACAACAAGCAAGAAACACAAGUUGAGACUGAAAUAAUUUUGAGUUUAGAAAACAUAAAUCAGCAAACUUGUGAUAUAGAGUCUGGAAAAUCAAAGGUGGAAAUAGGUGUGUCCACACUGCAUGUGAUCAGCCAAUCGGCUGUUUAGGCCGGCUGAAAUAGGUGUGUCCACACUGCAUGUGAUCAGCCAAUCGGAUGUUUAGGCCGGCUGAAAUAGGUGUGUCCACACUGCAUGUGAUCAGCCAAUCGGCUCUUUAGGCCGGCUGAAAUAGGUGUCCACAGUGCAUGUGAUCAGCCAAUUGGCUCUUUAGGCCGGCUGAAAUAGGUGUGUCCACACUGCAUGGGGUCAGCCAAUUGGCUCUUUAGGCCGGCUGAAAUAGGUGUUUCCACACUGCAUGGGGUCAGCCAAUCGGCUCUUUAGGCCGGCUGAAAUAGGUGUGUCCACACUGCAUGGGGUCAGCCAAUUGGCUCUUUAGGCCGGCUGAAAUAGGUGUGUCCACACUGCAUGGGGUCAGCCAAUCGGCUCUUUAGGCCGGCUGAAAUAGGUGUGUCCACACUGCAUGUGAUCAGCCAAUCGGCUGUUAGGCCGUUCCGACAAGCACAGAAAGGGAAGGGACAUAUUAUCUUUAAAACUACAGACACUUAAGAAAAUGGUGGCAACCAAUCGGAAAUGCCCCAGAGGGAUUGGCCACCCGGCUCUUUUCCCUGGUGGCCAGGCGGCUCUCCGAAACCCAAUGGUCAUCAAUAAUUGUUGGCAUUUUGUUGUUUCCCUCUGUAACAAAUUGAUGUAACAAAUUGAUGCAACAAAUUGAUGCAACAAAUUGAUGCAUUCCUUGUUUGUCCCACUGUCUCUGUCCACAGCAAAGAAAUCUGUACAACAAAAUAUUUGGUGGCUUCCUGAUGAGAAAGGCUUAUGAGCUGGCGUGGGCCAACGCAUCCAUUUAUGCGUAAGUUGAACAUAAUUUUUAUUUGAAAGAAGCGUUUUUAUCACAGCAUCUAAUUGGUGUUAGGUGGUCAGCAUCCCACCGUGGUUAGAAACCCAAAGUGGUCAGAAACCCACCAGGUUCAGCAACCCACUGUGGUUCACAACCCUCCAUGGUCAGCAACCCAUCAUGGUUCGCAGUCCACCCCAUGAUAAGCAACCCACCAUGGUCACUUGACCUGGUCAGCACCUACCAUUGUCAAAAACCCACUGUGGUCAGAAACCCACCAUGUUCAGCAACCCACCAGGGUCAGCAACCCACCAUGGUUUGCAACCCACCAUGGUCAGCAACCCACAGUGGUCAGCAGCCCACCGUGGUCAGCAGCCCACCGUGGUCAAAAACCCACAGUGGUCAGAAACCCACAGCAACCCACCAGGGUCAGCAACCCAUUGUGGUCAGCAACCCACAUCUAUAGAGCUGCAUACUGAUCUUUUAAGUAAUAGAUACGUUUAAAAAACAAAAAACUAACUUAUUAUGAUUGCAGCUCUCAAAGUGUUUUCUAAACAGAUAUUUAUAAAAAUAAAUGGCUCCUCACUCAAAAAAAAAAGAAUUUUUGCCACCCCGGGGUUAAGGAAUCAAAGACAUUGAACACAGGUUUGAAGGAAUGAUUUUCUAGAAGACAUUUGUACCAAUCUAAGUGUAUUUGUACCAUUGAGCCUCUUGGCAGCGUUUCAAAUUCUGUCUAAAAGCAGCAGUGUUAGCAACUUAAGAGUGAUGGAUAAGGAUACCUGGCUGGUAGAGUAGAGCAAGCCAGUGUCAGACAACCCCCCACCCCCCCUCAACCCGUUUACCUUUUCAAAACAUAUUUAUGGCUGCAAUAACUAAUCAAAAAAAUUAUUUCAAUCUAUUUAAAAUUGUAGCAAUAUCUUCAAUGGAUAAUGUUAAACAAUAUAUAUGUGUUUGUGUGUGUGUGUGUAAAUAUAUAUAUGUAUCAUGUAUAUUUAUAUCAUUUAUGUGUAUCAAAGACAUGUAAAUAUCACAUUUAUAUAUAUAUAUUUAUAUGUAUAUGUCAUACAGCAACACCAGACCAAAUAUGUGUAAAAUAGUGGAUGACAUUGUCUUCAAAAGACCUGUGGAAAUCGGCUCACUCCUGUUUUUGUCCUCUCAGGCGAGUGUUUUUCGUUUCUUCGUGUCAAUUGCUGGAAUAAACUUUCUCUAAGUUUAAUACUUAAAUAAUGUAUUAAUCUAUGUUCCAUGAUAACCAGUUGAUAUUGCUUUGAAACAAAAUGAAGCAGGCCAGACAGACAAAUCCACUUAUGAUGUAAAAGUAGACUACACCACAAAAACUUAUCUAUUAUCUGAAGAUGCUGUUAAAAAAAAAUGUUUUUGUAAAUAUAUUUUUGUAUCCUUUUAAUAAUUCUUCACAUUAAAUUUGUUCAGUUAAUUAUUUUGUCAAAUGUGUCACACAUCUGUCUGAUCAAAACUCUGAUUACACAUCAUGACACAAUUUGUCUCAUCCAAUCAUCCCACCAGAUUGUGUACACGAAAGGUUCAGAUAUCCAAGUCCACGUCCAUGCAGAGGUUGUGGAUCCAGAGAAAGGAACAAGAGAGACCACCAACGACUUUCACUUCACUUUCGACACAGGGGUCCCCAACCUCCCGAGAGUCAUGCCCAAAACAUAUGCUGGUGAGAGUGCUCUUAAAAUUCAGGGUCAUGCAGUUUGUUUACAUCUUGUUGUCCUUAAAUGUUGCUGGCUUUAAUUUUUUAAAAAAUCAAAAAAAUCGGCUUGUCUAUUUCAACUGAUUAUAGCAGUUUUCAAGUGUGAUGUUAAGGUUAUUAAGCUUUUGGGCACCAUAUCUCCACAUGGUAUUAAUCAAAAGCUCUCCUACAAAUGUUGCUCAAUUUCCCCUUUGUUUCUUCUUUUUUUCUUAUUCCUUAGACUUUAUGUAGCCCUAAAUAUUUUGGUCCGUUAAGAUUCUCUUCCAUAUUUUUCAGAACCAGUAGUUAUAUCCUUUCACUUCCUGUAUUCCUACUUCUGACAACAACAAAGGAGAUCAGGCUUUUUACUGUGCUCUGUUUCUUGUCUUACUUCGAUUUGUUCCGUUCGCUGAAGAAGGCUCUAAGCCGAAUGGUUCAUCCUAUUGUCCUGACUUUUGAUUCAAGCUUCAACAUACCUUGUCGAUCUUAGAAACAACCAGACACUGGAGUCCUUUAAAACCGAUCUAAAGACACAUCUAUUUCGCAAAUACCUUCUGGGAUGAUUGUCUACCUUAUUUUCCAGUUAAUGCAUGAUGGCUGUGUUGCUCCGGGUUGAAAUGGCUAGAAAGACUUUGAGAUUGUAUGCUUGUAAUUAGUUUUUGUAGUGUUGCGUUUGUUUUAAAUGUGGUGAAUAUAGAUAUGUUUUUUGUUGACUUUGUACCGCGCUUCGAGCCUUUGGGGAUGAAGCGUGUUUUUGAAAUGAACUUUAUUAUUAUUAUUAUUAUUAUUACUAUUUCAUUCACAUAGCUUGAAUGCAGUCCUUCAGUUAUUAUCUAAAGUUCUAAGGGUUGUUGGUAAAAUUUUAAUUUAGAGGAAUUUCAUGUUAUGGAAAAAAAAUUUCUGCAACAAUCAACCAUGCACAGUAUUAGUAAUAUAAUCCAACCAUUGUUGUAAUAAUCUUUGGCAUGGACACUGCUCCUAAUGAUUGCAGGAUUUUUAUUGACAAUCUUAAAUGGGGUGUAAGAGAACUUAAUUAAUGUGUAGGUGGAUUUUUCUGAUUUUUUCAAUUGUAAACAGCUGUUGUAAUCCCAUCUUUUAAUUCGUCUUAACCACUUGGCUACCGAUGAUGUCGAUGUCACGAUCACCCACUUUCAAUUACCAAGGACAUCACAUUGUCGUCAUAACAAAAAGUCAAAGAACUUUUCUGAAAUACCAAAGAUGUCAUAGUUCAAUAUGUUAUAUAUUUCCUUAUUUGUUAAUCUAUAGACAAGUUAAAAAGCCAAUCGGAUAGAGAAUGAAAUAUACCAAAAAUUUCAUCUUUUAAGUUUUUAUUGCUGAGUCAGCAAAAAUCAAUAACAAAACCCAGCGGUAGCAAUAGGGUUAAUUGAAUUUAGAUGUUUUUAAAAUAAAUAUUCAGUUUCCAAUAAUAACUUUGACAUUGAAAUAAGAUAUUGAACAUUAAAAAUUUUUAACAUUACAAUAGUUACAUUACUCAUACUAUUUUUAACAUUACAAUAGUUAAUUACUCAUACUGUUUUUAACAUUACAAAAGUUACAUUACUCAUACUGUUUUUAUCAAGCUGAUUCAUUAUUUAAGCUGCACCGCCUUAAUUCUACCGUUCCAUUGUUCCAGAAUCCAUGCUGUUUUUGGUUGGGAAGAGACACUAUGAAAGCUAAAGGAAAGAAAAAUCUGCCUGUCCUAAUUUCCAGUGACACUUUUAUGGUGUCUCCAGUCAAGUCUGGGCAAAAGGUGGCUUUCCAUAUGUUUUGAUGUGUUCUUCAGGAUGUCAAGCAGCUGUUAAAAAGUGUUCUCAUCUCAAUACAGUGUUAAAAAUGUUCUAAUCUCAAUACAGUGUUAAAAAUGUUCUAAUCUCAAUACAGUGUUAAAAAUGUUCUAAUCUCA